CCCGAAUGUCGUUAGCCGUGGGGAAAGAUGGCGGAAAAUUUAAAAGGCUGCAGUGUGUGUUGCAAAUCUUCUUGGAAUCAGCUGCAGGACCUGUGCCGCUUGGCCAAGCUCUCAUGCCCUGCCCUUGGCAUCUCCAAGAGGAAUCUCUAUGACUUUGAAGUCGAGUACCUGUGUGAUUACAAGAAGAUCCGAGAACAGGAAUAUUACCUGGUAAAAUGGCGUGGAUACCCAGAGUCAGAGAGCACCUGGGAGCCACGGCAGAAUCUCAAGUGUGUGCGCAUUCUCAAGCAGUUCCACAAGGACUUAGAACGAGAGUUGCUCCGGCGGCACCACCGGUCAAAGCCCCCCCGGCACCUGGACCCAAGCUUGGCCAGCUAUCUGGUGCAGAAGGCCAAGCAGAGGCGGGCACUCCAGCUCUGGGAGCAGGAGCUCAAUGCCAAGCGCAACCAUCUGGGACGCAUCACCGUGGAGAACGAAGUGGAUCUGGAUGGCCCCCCACGGGCCUUUGUAUACAUUAAUGAAUACCGUGUUGGUGAGGGCAUCACCCUCAACCAAGUGGCUGUGGGCUGUGAGUGCCAGGACUGCCUGUGGGCACCCGCUGGAGGCUGUUGCCCUGGGGCAUCGCUACAUAAGUUUGCCUACAAUGACCAGGGCCAGGUGCGGCUGCGAGCUGGGCUGCCCAUCUACGAGUGCAACUCCCGAUGCCGUUGCGGCUAUGACUGCCCCAACCGUGUGGUACAGAAGGGUAUCCGCUACAACCUCUGUAUCUUCCGCACGGAUGAUGGGCGUGGCUGGGGCGUCCGCACGCUGGAGAAGAUCCGCAAGAACAGCUUCGUCAUGGAGUACGUGGGAGAGAUCAUUACCUCAGAGGAGGCAGAGCGGCGGGGCCAGAUCUACGACCGCCAGGGUGCCACAUACCUCUUCGACCUGGACUACGUGGAGGAUGUGUACACCGUGGAUGCCGCCUAUUAUGGCAACAUCUCCCACUUUGUCAACCACAGUUGCGACCCCAACCUCCAGGUGUACAACGUCUUCAUAGACAACCUUGAUGAGCGGCUGCCCCGCAUUGCUUUCUUUGCCACAAGAACCAUCUGGGCAGGCGAGGAGCUCACUUUUGAUUACAACAUGCAAGUGGACCCCGUGGACAUGGAGAGCACCCGCAUGGACUCCAACUUUGGCCUGGCCGUGCUCCCUGGCUCCCCCAAGAAGCGGGAAGUAGAUGUCCACAUGCCACUGGAAGGAGAGUGGAUGCCUGUGGCUCACUGGUCACUGGCCAGUGAGAGGAAGGCAAUCCAGACUCUCCAAGCCCUUAAGGUGGACUGUGAUUGAACCCUGCCCUUGAGGUGCACAGAAGGUGCCUGGGAGCCCUGUCGGCGUGUGAUGACUGCUGGGACUACUCAGAGCUGGAACCAAGACCUAGGUAGGCUGUAGAUAGCACUUAGGACAAAAAUGUGCAUUGAUGGGGUGGUGAUAAGGUGCCAGGCACUGGGCUGAGCACCUGGUCUACAUAGAUUGUCUCAGGGAAGCCUUAAAAACUGUGGAGGUGGAUCCUAGGAAAGGGCCCAUAUGGCAGGAGGCCAAGUAUAGUCUCAAAAGUUACCUGCCCACAGAUGUGCAGAAGAUGAAGGCUCUGAUGGCUGCCUCACCCCUUGCUUCCCCUGUGAGGUCUUCUCCAGGAAGCCUUCCCUGACUACCUGUGCUCAGAGUGCCCCUCUGUGAGACUGUGCCCUGCCACCAGAUCUGUGUGGCUGUCUGUGUGUCUGUGCUCUGUACCCCUAGACUGAAUUUCAGGCAUGGACUGAAUCUGAUUCUCCUCUUGUAUAUUCCUCAGCCCUACCCAGCCAGAGGUGGGCAUCAAUAAAGUGAGUUGUC